AUGGAAGAAACUUUUGAGGGCCACGAGCUUGAAGCUCAAUUUUCUGAUGGCGCUUGGUAUGAUAUAAAGAUGAGAGCGGCCGACCCGUCAAGAGACAGGCGCGAGAUUUCCCAGAUGAGGAAGAGUGGGUUGAAGCAAGUCAUCUUCGACGACAGUCGCAACCGUCUUCCUGUAGGUUGGGUCGACGGUCUUGGCCCUCCACAGAUCUACCCGUUCAGAUCUAUUUUUCGAAGGACUGGACAAAUUCACAAAGUGUCUCUGGACGACGUCAACAAGAUCUCGACAGAGAGUCUUUCGAUCUCCUUCUUGAGGAGCCUCUGUAAGACUCAGGAGAGUGGUCGGCCACAAAGUAAAUCUCAAGUGGUGGAUUUUUGUGAGGGAGAUUUUGUACUGAUCGAGGGGCCUGACGAGGUCUGUUGGGUUGCCCAACUCAUGGAGCCAUACAGGGGAAAACUGAGCGACGAGAUUGAUGACGUGGACGAUGACGGACCUAUGGUUAGUGUGCGAUGGUUCUACAAACCAGGAGAACUUCCCAAGCAUGUCUUGAGAUCUUGUGGCGAUGUUGACUGGACUCACGAGGUUUUCGUGUCCCUUCAUCGCGAUAAGAUCGAUGGGAGGCUAAUCAUGGGCAAGUGCAGCUGCUGCUUCGGCUGGGAGAGACCAGAUGCAAACUUUGAGUGGAUGAAUGAUCAGCUGUUUUCUUACAGGACGUGGGACCCGAGCAAGAAGAGAGUAUCUACCUUCAAUUGUCCUCUGCUAGCAGAUGAGCUGCGACGUCAAAUCGAGUUAUGGAUCAGGAACUUCCCCUACCCCAGCGCCUGCCGCUCGUCUGAUACUGCAAGACGAACGUAUUUCGACCUUGACGGGAACGUGCGAUCGAGAUCGCCGGAAGAAGCCAAGAUGAAGCUCACUACCAUAGGAGGUGAUAAAAGCUCGAGGAGUGGACAUGAAGACGGUUUGGACGACAAGCCAAUCAAAGAGGAAAGGCAGAGGAAGCUACCCGCAGAUCAGAAUCGAGAUCGCUCGUACGAGAGAGAAGUAGAAGGAAAAUCUCCCAGUGGUAUUCAGAGCAGCUUACAGCGCACAGAGAACCCCUCAGGAAGCAACGUUACCGAGUCUGCUUCUCAAGAACCACGCGAAACGAAGAAGAAGCACAACCGACCAGGAAGCGCCGAACUAGCAGCUCUGCAGGAAGACAUCAGGAACUCCAAGAAGAUCAUCGUGGAGGAGGGGACGAAAAGACAUUGCAAGCUUCCAAACUUCUUCACUUUCGAUGAGCCGGCCCCCAAAAAACCAGCAAGACCGGCAGAAGUGAAUUCGAACCACUCGCUGAGGACCAAAGAUCAUAAUAAUCAUCGAGAUCAACUGCACAAAGAGCAGAGUCAGAGGGAUCAACAACCUUAUCCUAGUGAACCGUCUAAGACCAGGACAAGGUCGCAUGCUUCCGAAACAGCACCAGAAUCUCAACAAGCUGUCAAGACCGAACCAGACGACGAGACUGAGAGCCGGGCGAACAAGAAGCCCAAGAAAGACAAUAAGAGCGACUCUUCGAGAUCUGCCAGGUCGGACUCUGACGAAGCCAAGGAGGUGGAGCUUCCUCAUGCAGCAGGACAGUCAAGUGAAGUCGAGGGACAAGCAGAGAAUGGAGGGAGUGAGGAGGUGGCAAAGCAACCUGAGGAUGAAAGUGAAGAAGUACCAGCCCACCAUGUGAUUCGAAUCAAACUGCAUCGCAAAGAAGGAGACAAGCAGGAGACACACGCGGAUGACAGCCUGGAGGAAACCGACGGAGUUAUCCCGGCCAUGGCAAGGAAAGAAGAUGAGGAGAGAAGAGAUGAUGAUGAGGAUGUCAGGAUGGCGGAGGAUGGCGAAUCUCAACAAAUACUGAAGGACAGGAAGCACAAGAAGGACUCGAAGAAGAAAAAGUCAAAGAAGUCCAAGAGCAAGCGACGAGACCGCGAAGAUGAGGCUCCUUCGAGAAGGGUCCAGAGUCCGAAGAGCAUGGAGGACGACUUUGACAUGAUUGGAGAGCAUGGAGAGGAAAGGAGGUACGCUGAGGACGAGCAGGAUGUGAACGACAAAGGAGCCGUCAAUCUCUUCAUCCUCGAGGGCUUCAAGAUUGCGUGCAUGAAAUUCUUUCGUGAAAAUCAGCACAAGUCAGUCGCCUACUUCCUUCAUCAAAGCUCAUCAGACGUCUCGACUCGGAUCUCUUCCUCUGUCGGCAUUUCCCAUGGUUUCCGCAGCUCAAGUCUACAUGCGCAGUGCGCUCGCUUCCUCAAGAAUUUUUCGCGCGAGAAGAAGGUGAUCGCAGCCAUCAUUGUGGUGGAGGAGAAUGAUCUGCACUAUCCUCAUCUUCCUGAUCUGCACUGCUCCCCUCAAGACACGUAUGGCAGCGGCCUUGUCAUCCAGAUAGAGACUAAGGGCAUGAGGCGAGUGUGGCAUGUGUGCAGGCACGAGAAGAUCGUUCAGGACGUGAAGAUGCGGGAGCUCAGCCUCGACAAUGCCAUCAUGCCCUCCAUCCUCUUUUAA